CUGAUAUCACCUGAAAACAAAAGCACAUUCCCACCAGCAAUUGCAGCUCAGUCGCUUAUCGUCGCUGUUUCACACCAUUUGCGUGCGCUAAUAAAGUAUCCAAGGAAUAUUUCGAAAAUGUUAACACAAAUUUUAUUGUGCAUUUGUGCAGUGAUUUGCCUUUAUUUAUCCUAUCGCUAUGCAGUUGGACGUCCUGCAGGAUUUCCGCCGGGACCUCCGCGUAUACCGCUCUUCGGCAGCUACUUGUUCAUGAUGAUGGCCAAUGCUAAAUAUUUACAUAAGGGUGUAUUGAAAUUCAGUAAAUGGUAUAAAUCGGAUAUUGUCGGUUUUCAUAUGGGCUCCUUCCCAGUGGUGGCUGUGCAUAAUGUCGAAGGCGUUCGAGAGGUUUUGAAUCGAAGGGAGUUCGAUGGUCGUGCGCAAGUUUAUGUUGGUAAAAUGCGUGCACCAAGCAAUGAGAUGUUAGGUAUUUUCUUUCGCGAAGGACCUAUUUGCAAAGAGCAACGUCGCUUUAUUCUACGUUUUCUACGUGAUUAUGGUUUCGGACGUCGCUUCACUGAAUUAGAGUCAGUCAUACAGGAACAAAUCGCGGAUCUGCUAGAUCUCAUACGCAAAGGUCCACGCUACCCGCAUGAAUAUGAACUCUCCAAGCCUGGAGGCUAUAGAAUUUUUAUACCAAACAUACUUAGCCCAUUUGUGGGCAAUACCUUCUUUCACAUUCUUCUGAAUGAGCGACGUCCGCGUGCCGAUCAUGCGGACUUACUGCAUUUGGUGAAGAUGGGUAUGCAAUUUCAACGUAAGGCCGAUGAUUAUGGUAAAAUGUUAAGUAUUAUGCCAUGGAUACGUCAUUUUUUUCCGAAAUCAAGCUCUUAUGACGCGCUCAUGGAGUCAAAUGUGUUUAUUUAUAAGUUUUUUGAGAAAAUCGUCGAUUACCAUUUGCGCACGUAUGACGAGUGCAGUGAGCGGAAUUUCAUUGAUUUGUAUAUUAAGCAGAUGAAGCAGGAACAUGCUGAGGGACAAACAGAUUGCUAUAAUCGUGAGCAAUUCAUUAUGAGUUUGGCGGACUUCUCGUUUCCAUCUUUCACAGCUACGGGCGCACAAAUGGGUUUUCUCAUUCAAUACUUCCUUCAUUAUCCCGAGGUGUUGAAGCGCGUACAAGCUGAGAUUGACACCGUAGUAGGUAGAGGCCGUUUGCCAACGUUGGAAGAUCGUCAGCACAUGCACUAUACCGAAGCCACGUUGCGUGAAGGCAUGCGUAUUGAGACUAUUGUGCCAUCCGAUUUGCCGCACAAAGCUUUGGUGGACACUGAACUUAUGGGCUACAAAAUACCAAAGGAUACAAUCGUGGUUCCCGGUCUGUAUGCUUUUCACUCAGACGAAAAGCUAUGGGGUGAUCCAGAGAAUUUUAGACCAGAACGCUUCUUAAAUGAGGAUGGAAAAUUAUGUUUAAAAAAAGAUAUUACUCUACCGUUUGGCGGUGGCAAACGUCUGUGCGCUGGCGAAACUUUCGCUCGAAAUAUUAUGUUCUUAAUGAUAUCGGCCUUAUGUCAGAAUUUCAAUUUCGUUUUGGGCCCUGGCGACAAGCUGCCCGAUAUGUCUAAGAAUUACAGUGGUCUCACAACGACACCAUUUGAUUUCUGGGUGCAGUUAGAAGAGCGGAUAUGAAUGAAUGGUUGUCGCCUUUCAUUCUACUUACAUUUAUAAAUAUGUUUAUAAGAAUUUGAAAAGAAAAGUCUGAAUAUGGGAUUUAUUGUUUAUUGGUAAGGAUUUGUACAUAGAAGUAAGG